GUCAGAAGAAUGCAAAGUUGUUGGCAAGUGACCUGAGCAUUUAAAAAACAGAUAUAAAUGGCACAAAAAAGGCUUGAAGGGAUGGCCGAGCAUGAGGAUGAGCAGGUCAGGAGUGCAGGAGCAAGCAGCAUUCGUGUAGUGCAGCAAGCCUUUAAAGAUAAUGGCAAAGGAAAACUCCACCGGGUAAGGAAGCGUUUCAUCCAGCGUGUGAGGAAGGAAAGAUGCCCCCAAGACUUCAUGCACUGAAUGCCUGGACCUUUCAGGGACAUUAAUAUCUAUGUCGCCAGUCUAGCAGAACACAAAUUGAAGUCCCCAGGAGACUCUCCGGCCUCAGAUAGAUUCCAAAGUCCAGAAUGGAACAGGUCUCCUCUUUCCAACUGAGGCCUGGAGACCUGGAGCAGCCCGUCAGUUUCUCAAUCGGUAUUCUCCCAGAAGGCUUAAGUGAGGAAAAGCUGGUCAUCGAACUCGCUUCUGUCCUCCUCGGCCUGAAGUGUGAAGAUCUGAACAUCAAACCGAAGCCUCUCCAGAAGUUCUUCAGGAUCCUCACAGGGGUCAAGGCUGAUCUGCCUGAUGAGCUGACUGGACGUCCGGUGGCAAUGACUUGCCUCUGUGCUUUAGAUUGCAACGGAGAGAUCAGGCAGAUGGCAGCAGAAGACCUGUGCGAGCUCCUGCCCAUCCUGCGUUGUGGAGAACAGGCACUGAUGCACCUUGGGGCAAGGACCUGGUGAAAAGAGCUCUCUCUGCCCUGGGACCAGCUACAGAACCUGAGCCUUCUUUCUUCAGCGGCAACUGCUACAACAUUGCAACGGUCUUCGGUGGAUUCCUCUACUCCGAGCAGCUCCUGGAGGUCAUGCACUUCUUGGCAGGGGAUCUGACCACUGAAGGUUCAUUUGACCUCCUAAAUAUAUUCCACCUGCUGCACGAGUUCGUAAAGCAGUUCAGCGGCAAGUCGAUGUGGUUGGAGGAACUUCUGGACCACUUGUUCAUCUGGUUGAAGGACAGAGUUCCACAUGGACAAGACGUAGCCUUGAUAGCCUUCCCCAUCUUGGCAGUAGAUCAUCUUGAGGAGGUGGUGCUAUACCUCCUCAAACACCCUUUCAGCAAGUGCCAGGAGCACUGGCAGGCAAUAUUCAGUGCUGCUGACCACAGCCAGAUACUCGUUGAGGUGGCAAAAUGGAUGCCGGAGUGCAGCAGAGUUGCGACUCGUGCAGUCCAGGUCCUUUACUUAUUCCUCAAGUCUAAUGACAAGCAAGCAGAUUUCCCACACCUCUUACUUGCCCUGCUGCAACAGAUCUCUGCACGGCUGGAGGAGAAUCGGGGUGUGAUUGAGAGCCUGGAAACUCUGCACCUCCUCCUUAGGACUGUUGACAUAGAGGAGGAGAGUCUGAGGGAAUACCUGGACCACUUUGGCAGGCCAGAAGGCUUCAGCCACGGACUAUCCAUUUUGGUGAGGAAGGAAGACCCCAGUGUUCCCCAUUCUGCAAGGGUGACAGACACACCAACGGAAUUGGAAGAAGGUAUACUAAUAAUCUCUCCUUCUCACUCUCUCAUUCCUCCUAAAUCUAAACUCUGCACUCCAGGUCCUCUCUCUCUGGCAAGCCUUACACUGAUUUAAUCACAAUUUGGACCUUUAAGCUAAAAACACCUCUUUGUGAGUCUCUGAUUACAUUGUUAGUUCAAGUUUUAUUGCCUUUUAUCAAUUGCCUAAUUAUUUUUCAUUUCCUAUACUCCAAUAAUCCUUGAAUAAAUCUGUAGCAUAUUCCUACCUCAGGCCUUUAUUUCCAGACCAAAUCUUUGCCCAAUUUGUUACUGUAAUGGACUGUUCAGUCUCGCUAAUUCCCCGCACAAGCCCAAAUGUAGUCUCAGGAUGUUCUGCCAGUAUUCCAGAACAAAGUCCUUGAACAAAGCACCUUGUGUUAACGUUUAACCAAAAGUGAACACAAAGGAAGGCCUCCUUUACAGGCAUUUUAAAAAUAGGCAUUCUCAGUUAUACAUGAAGCAGUUGUGCUGUCUUAUUUUAACUUAAAACUGUUUCUAGCAUUACCCUCCUGUUCAAGUAAAACACAAGCUCUGUUUUACUUAAGUUACUUUGUUGGUUAUUGCUAUAUAAGCUCUCAGCUGAAACUAUUGAGUCCAUUGGAUGUUCUCAUUACCCACCUUUUUGUUUCUAUUACUGCUAGAAAAUUUCUCUCUGUGAUAUUGUUACAUCUUGUUAGCCCAUACCCAGUCCAUUUAUUAGCGGUACCUCUUAAGCAGAAAUUAUGAUUAAUUAUACGGCAUGUCAAUAAGAUAUUUUUUUAAUGAUCCCAAGGGCAAACUAGAUACUAGGUAAGAUUUCAGAUUUGAGAGGGACAAUUUUUGGCAGAUCAUCUGUCUGUGGAUAGGAUUAACUACUAUUCCUCCACUCAAAAUUGUUUAGCUUCCCAAAGCUGCUUCUCAUAACAGAUUCCUGCAUUUCUUUGUGUAAUUUGUUUGCCCACAAACUACUAAAGCUGAUGCGAUAAAGGGAUUUUAUUUAUUUGA